AGAGUUCCAAAGUGGGAGUGGGAUGUGUUCUUGUAGACACAUCUAACCCUAGUUUACCACUAACUUUACUUUAACCCGGAAGUCAGGUUGACUGUUCUUUUUCAAUUGAGACUUGGUUCAAAUAUAAGUUUUUGUACCAGCUAUUAGCUUUCCCAGAUUCCGUUAUGUGGGGUUUACUGUGAACCCUCAGUUAAGUACAUUCAAGAAUCUAGGCAAAUCCAUCGCAGUUGGUGGAGCUGGAGUUGGAGGUGGUUAUUGUGCUGAUACCACCUUACGGCUUGAUUCAAUAGGCUCUUCAGUUCUGUCCAUCCCUCCCCCAAAAGGAAUCAAACGAAAAUGGAGUUCAAUUGGUGGAUCUAACGAUCAGUCAAUUGGUUCAUCUUUGUGUCUUCGUUUAGGACAUUCAUCAAAUUCCUCAGAUAGCAAGGGGAGCUCAAGCGCUGCAUGCACUUCAAUGUCUUCAGCAAGAGAAAAUGAUGAAGAGUCCUCAAUGGACCUGGACUUUAGUCUCCAUCUUGGUAGUGAGAAAACUUCAAGCUCUAGAAAGUCUGCUCAUCCUGAGUCCAAAAAACUUGCCAAAGGUCUUGCAGUCGAUCUGGAACUAAGUCUAUCCAGUAGUGCUGCUGAAUCUGAUGUCACUACUGUGCAUUUGCUCUCCACUUCACCACAAAGUAUCAUGAAGGCGCCGCAGGCAAUGGCUGGAGCUUUUCACACUGAUGAAGGAUCAACAGCUAUACAUUGGAAGACUAGCAACAUUUUCCAUCCAUUACGAACUCCUCAGGAAACUGGGUCUAGUUACUUAUUGAACCAGGCUGCAACACAAAUCAAGCAAGCUACAGUCUCCCCCGAUCUGUCGUCAAGUAUAAUCACAAAUUCAAAGAGCUCAGUCACCUGUACUUCCGGGUUAACAAAACAGCAGCAACAACAACAGCAGCGUAGCAGUACUAAACAGUGUCAGUUCAAGGGAUGCGUAAAAGGAGCAAGAGGUGCUUCUGGCCUUUGCAUUGCCACGGUGGGGGCCGCAAGUGUAAGAAACCAGGCUGCCACAAGGGAGCCGAGGGUCGGACUGCAUUUUGCAAAGCCCGUGGGGGUGGUCGUCGGUGUGAAUUCCUAGGUUGUACAGAGAGCGCAGAAGGAGGCACCGACUUUUGCAUUGCACAUGGGGGUGGAUGCCGUUGCAGUCAAGAAGGAUGUAGCUGUGCUGCCAAAGGGAAGUUUGGAUUAUGCAUUCGGAAUGGUGGGGGCAAGAGAUGCCAGCAAGAGGGCUGCACCAAAAGUGCAGAAGGACUCUCUGGCCUUUGCAUUUCACAUGGAGGUGGCCGGCACUGUCAGUACCCCAAAUGUACUAAAGGAGCGCAAGGAAGUACCAUGUUUUGCAAGGCACAGGGUGAUGGUAAGCGUUGUACCUUUGAAGGGUGCAAUAAGGGGGCAUAGGGGAGCACAGCUUUCUGUAAGGGUCAUGGUGGUGGGAAGAGAUGUUCAUUCCAAGGAAAUGGGCUCUACCCGAAGAGUGUUCAUGGGGGCACACUCUUCUGUGUGGCCCAUGGUGGUGGCAAGACGUGUGCUGUGCCAGAGUGUACCAGGAGAGAAAGGGGAAGAACUGAUUUUUGUGUACGUCAUGGUGGUGGAAAAAGUGCUCAGGGAAGCACCGAUUUCUGCAAAGCCCACGGCGGAGGGAAGACUGAAGAGAUGCUCUUGGGGUCAGCCUGAGUCUGAAUUUGGGCAAGGUGAUGGUCCUUGUAACUCACUUGCUAGAGGGAAGACUGGACUUUGUGCAUCUCAUGGUGCUCUCGUUCAAGACAAACGCGUUCAUGGUGGUGCCACUCUUGGGGCUAUGGUCCUGGAUCUAGCGUCAAACCAGCCUGAGAAGAUGA